AUGAUACGACUACAAAGGGACGCUCAACGUCUCUGCGAACGUGUCUCUGCAUUGGGUAUGGACCAAAAUCUUCUUGCCAAGUCCUUUGCUGCCCUCAGCCUUGGGACUGUCGAAAGCACCGCUCCUGCACCGUCGCCGUCCAACAUUAUAGAUUUGCAGCAACUUGAGGCGGAUAUCCAUAGGCGGCAACAAGAAGAGGACGAGCAACUGAAGCAACUGCAGCAACAGACGGCUGUUGAGAACGUGUCUUCCUCACCAUCGUCCUCCAUUCAAGAAAAAGAUGAGGCUCAGUUUGAGGAUGAAACGGAAAAACUUGCUAAGGCAGCAUCUACAUUUCAAAAGAAGCAAUCAUUGCGAAAAGAUAAGGCUAUAAAGGUAGACAAUUCCCCAGUAGCACCGCCUGAAAAAGAGCUACCGACUACGACCACGACGGUAGCAAAGAAAAAGAAGAAGAAGCCUAGGCCUGUGGCGGUGGGGAUGGACGUGGAGAAUGAGACGGUUACUCACGGCUUGUGUGCGCAUAACUUAGUGUCCAUGAAAACUACUGUGCUCUCAUUUGGUACAAUUGCUGCGAUUUUUUCCCCUUCUGCAGCAGAAAUCGAGAUCAAUGGUUGGGGAAAUGUUGCCCUUUCCACUACUCUAAUAGUUCGAUGA